AUGAGAGGACCAAGCUAUCCAAUGAGGUGAUCAACAUGCUCAUGAUGACAGCAGUGAAUGGUGUGGCAGUCACCGAGUACGACCCCCAGCCGGCCAUCCAGCACUGGUACCUAACCUCCUCGGGCCGGCGCUUCAGCCACGUCUACACCUGUGCCCCGGUGCCACGCCAUUCCUAUGCAGGGGCGGUGCUCAGGAAGGAGAAGAUGGGAGUGCUCCAUGUGGAGGAGGCCGUGACCCAGAAGCUGCCCACCCAUCCUAUGGGAACGGGUGGAGAUCAUGAAGACUGCCUCAUGGACCCUCCUGACAGACUCCUGUACCCCCACACCAGUCAGGAGGCCCCUGUGCUAUCCUGAUACAGGCUCUGCAGGAGCAGGAAUCCUAGGAUUGCCUUGGAGACCCCUACCCUGCCCCUUGUGGUUGUGCUGACAGGCUCUGUGCCCUAGAAUCUUCCUUUGGUAGGGACUCUAAGAGCAGGAAGUGGGCAGUGACAAGGUAGUUACACCCACAUGCCAGAGGGCAGGGCCAUCAGGGGGCGCACAACUUGUUCACCUCUAAAUGGAGCAGGGACUCACAGCACUGACAUAUGCAGAGGCUCUUACCUCAAGUUCAUGUUUAAGGUGCUUCAGGAAAUAAUUCCAUUGUGAAAGAUUUCACCACAUAUUCUAGUGGCAAGAGGAUUUUUCUGAAGUGGGAGAGACUACUGGGGGUAGGAACUUAAAGGAGCACCCCAGUCCCCUGGAACAUUGGGAGCGUUCCAGUGGCCUGGGGAAGACACUGGGUGAGGGGCAGAGGAUGACCAGGCUCCAGGUUCAGCUGGCCUAGCUCUGGGAUGUCACCCUGGCUCUAUGACAGAAGCAGGUACAGCCUGAUUUCAAAAUGGCAAACUCUCAUCAGAGAAUCUCUCUACCUCCUCCUAGUACCGUCCUUUAGGGUGAGACAAGCUAAGCCC